UCACAACGAUAAUCUAUUUCGAGAAGUAAACCCGCUGGAGUUUAUAACAAACGAGUUCAACAUGCCUGGAAUUUUUCAAAUAGCUUCAGUCCUGACGCUAUUGUUUGCAACAUGUACCGUGUCUUCGAGCUCGCAGUCUGCCGUCGAAGUGGCUCAAAUCUCCCCGGAAAACCAGACACUGGUCCCGGUACUAGACCACCUGAGACAUAACGACAUCAGUGAUAUCUUGGCCGGGUUGAAUAUCUCAUUCCCCUUACCGUGGAACACCAGCGUGGAGCUGCCGACCAUCGCACCCGCGGAGGACAUUGCGAAGGUCCGAGGAGAGAACGAAGGGUUACCCAUUGUGUGCCGGAAAGAUGUUUGCUUCGAAUCCACGACCUCUGACCUCAAAGGAAACUUCACAUGGAACAACACCUUGGCAGGAGACUACGAUUUUGCGGUGUGUCCAAAUGGCGUCCGGCGAAGGUACAACGGGAGCGACGUCCGGCUAGCCUUCCGCUCGUGCCACCCCCCGCUGGAGUGCAGGCACCUACUGCCCAAGCCGAGGUUCUCAUGCAGUGAGUUGUCGUAUUGGGGUGAUACCAACACCACGUUGUGUCGAUGGGAUUCGGACAUUACGAAUGAAUUGGAUGACAUUCUGUUGGAUCUGCUGGAUGAGCUUAGGGCUGAUGAUAGAGUAGUCAACGUGACGUCACUAAUCGCCCUGCUUCAUCGGACCAAUGAGCUUCUCUCCAAUACGGACCAGCUGACCCAGGAGGACGUCACACAUACCGCCUCCAUCAUUGACCUCUGCAUCACUUCCGGUGUCGAUGACGUAUAUCAGUUGAAGAGUGACGUAGGAGAGGAGCUCGUUGCAAUGGCCGAUAACAUUCUGAAGAUUGACGAUGUGGUUUUGGAGAAUGUACAGGGCGCCACCUACAGUAUUGCAGGUAGUCUCCAGAUCUACGCCGCCAACGUCAAACUGCCAGUCAUAAGCAGACGUGUGGAGCACACUUACUCCAAUAUAAUGAUCGACAUCAAGGAGCCGUCUCGCGACGUCAUCCAACUGCCGCUUGAAUUUAGUUUCUUCAGGCCUGAAUCCCAGGCCGAGACGGUGGCGACGAUCAGGUUCCCGUACUACUUGCUAAGUGGUCUACUUCGAGAUCCAGACAGCAAAGGCACAGACCCAAUCCAACCAAUGAACGUCCCCGUACCAGUUGUCAGAACCACUGCCACGGUGUACUACACCAACAAGUUCUUCAUGGGGGACCUGACUAGCAGAAUACCUCUCGAGGACACCGUACUUCUGUACGCAAAGGCAUACAAAGACGGGGUGGAAGUCAAGCAGGUGGAAGAGCCAUUCUUGAUAACGUUCUACCACACUCACCACACUCACGACAAUGAGUCAACAUGGGAUGACUUGCAAUGUGGUGCUGCCCGUCUGUCUAGAAACGAAUCCAAGGGCUUCCUUGGUGGUUUCCGUACAGUGGAUUUAGAGUGGGAUUCUUCAGCCUGCACCCUGAAUUACACCGACUCAAAGCAAACGGAUUGUAUCUGCAAAGUCCUGGAUCUUCUGGGUCUGAUUGUGGAUAUUAUACCAACACCAGUUCCACCACAGACAACUCAGGAGGUUCCAAAAGAUAUAUUUGAAUUUCUGAGUUUUCCCUAUUACAUGACGUUGGCUGCUCUCUGUUAUAUUGGGUACUACAUGUCCCUCGCCAGCCUUGUUCUCGUCCUAAUGACGUAUACUGUGUUCCCCAAAGUCCGUAGAGGCAGACCCACCCUGAUCUUAAUCAACAUGUGCGUGUCCAUCAUACUCCUCAUCAUCAUUCUGUUAGCGUCGACACUCUUCUCCAACACCACCAUAGGGUGCCGCAUCGCCAACAGCCUACGGCUCUACUUCAUCUUGGUGUCGUUGAUGUGGAACGGUGUGGAGGCGGUGCACAUGUAUAUCGCUCUGAUUAGGGUGUUCGGUACACACACCAGGCACUUUGUGCUGAAGUGUAGCGUCGUGGCCUGGGGUUUACCAUCACUUCUGAUCGGGUUACCGCUGGCCUUCAACUUUGAGAUAUACGACGGCACCUACAAGGACUGCGAAUUUGUGUGCCAGUUAUCGAAGCAGGCAUUUUGUUUUGUUUUCCUCACUCCGAUGAUAGCGAUCGUUGUGUGUAACAGCGUAGUCUUCGUUAUGGUCCUCUGGAUUAUCUGCAAGAUGUCUGCGAGAGACGAGAUGCGACCUCUGUUGACCCAGCUGAUUGGUGCUGUAGCGUUGCUGGUCCUGCUUGGCAUCAGCUGGGGUUUCGGUGCCUCAGCAGCCAUUACGUACACUGAGCCGGAAUCAGACAGCGUGUCGGUCUGGUACUUCAUUUUACAGAUGCUAUUCGUUCUGAGUGUGGCUUUCCAGGGUUUCUUCAUCUUCAUCUUCCACUGCGUCCGCUACCAGGACAUCCGCAAACAGUGGGCCCAGACGCUCCGUUCCUGUUGCCGAAUGUGCCCCUGCCCGACCUGCUGCCAGAAAACCAAAGACGUCGACGGCCAUCUCGUCCUUCCUACGGCCACGCCAAUGACGACACCAAUGACGUCACCACUGUCGACGCCGCGACCGUCGAAUGCCGGUAUUGAGUUGAUCACCACAAAUCAUGAUGAGGAUACCCACUUAUGA